AUUGUUGGAGGUGGCAGCAGAGGAGAGUCUUCUAUGGAUCACAUGACCACGUCAAUGAGGAUGGAGGAGGACCCGAGUCACAUGACAGAGAGGAUACUGAACCUCACCCUGGAGAUCAUCUACCUGCUGACCGGAGAGAAUUUUCCUCCGGUGAAGUCUGGUGACCGUCUAACCAUCACAGUGCCUUCACCUCACUCCAUGAAACCCGAGAGGAACAAUGAGAAGAAGAUUCUGGAAGCCACCAACAAGAUGAUUGGUCUGCUGGUGGGAGAGGGUGAAGAACUGAAAGACAUCACAGCUGAGGUGAAAAAGGAGGAAGAUGAGGCAUUAGUAAAGGGGGAUCUGCAGUCGAUGGAGGAGGGAGGUCCUCUGUAUUCCCGGGAUUGCACACAGGAAGAUCCCAACUAUAAAGAGAAUAAUCAGGGUGAAGAACUGAAAGACAUCAAAGCUGAGGUUACAAGUGAAGAAGAGAUGUUGGUGGGCAGAGCUCAGCAAUCUAUGGAGGAGGGGGAGAUGAUUAUGGAAAGUGAACAGGAGGAAUCUUCUCUACAUACGGACACAACAGAUGUUCUCCAUGUCCGGAAUAGCUUUGAGGAACAUCUUAUGUUAUCUCCAGAAGAAGAUGACAUCACACAACAUUCUCCAGGAGUGAAUCUCAUUACUCAUAAUAGACAUCACAGACCUUCCCAUUCAGAGACAUCAAUAGAACCCUCUCAUCCUGAGGAAUCUUCUGACCAAUCACAGACUGUUACUCCAGAUGUCCAUCUGAGAUCUCAGAGUGCAGAGAGAUCAACAGAUCCAUCUAAUCCCAAAGCAUCUUCUCUAACCCAGGAAGGAAAUCACACUGGAGAGCGUUCCAGGUCAUGUUCAGUGUGCGGGAAAUCUUUCACCAAAAAAAAAACACUUUUGAGACACCAGAGAAAUCACACGGCCAAGCGCCCCCAUUCAUGUUCAGAGUGCGGGAAAAGUUUUAUAGAGCAAAGAGAUCUUUAUAAACACCACAGAACUCACACGGGGGAGCGUCCUUAUUCAUGUUCAGAAUGCGGGAAGUCAUUCACUGAGAAAGGAAACCUUCAUAGACACCAGAGAACUCACACUGGUGAGCUUCCUUUCUCCUGCCAAGAGUGCGGGAAAUCUUUCACCAAUAAAGGAAGCCUGAUUAGACACCAGAGCGUUCAGACCGGUGAAGGCCCCUUUUCAAGUUCCGAGGAUGGGAAAAGUCUCUCUUGUAAAACAGACCAUUCGAUUCCCAAGAUGACUCACCCAAGCGGGCGUCCAUUUUCAUGCUCGGAGUGCGAGAAAGGUUUCCAUACGAAAGGAGACCUUCUUGCACACCAGAGAAUUCACACAGGUGAGCGCCCUUUCCCAUGUUCAGAGUGCGGGAAAUCUUUCACUGUGAAAAAAGUCCUUCUUAGACACCAGAAAAGUCACGCGGGUGAGCGCCCUUUCUCAUGUUCAGAGUGUGGAAAAUGUUUCUUGCUCAAAGCAAACCUGGUAAGGCAUCAGAAAAUUCACACAGGUGAGCGCUCUUUCUCAUGUUCAGAGUGUGGGAAAAGUUUCAUUCAGAAAUCAGAACUUCUCAUUCACCAGAGAACUCACACCGGUGAACGUCCGUUCUUGUGCCAUGAGUGUGGGACAUCCUUCACUAAUAAAAGUGGCCUUAAUACACACCAGAGCAAUCCCAUGGGCUGUUAUCCGUUUUCAUGUUCAGAGUGCGAGAAAUGUUUCACUACAAAAGGAAUACUUCUUCAACACCAGAAAAUUCACACGGGUGAGCGCCCUUUCUCAUGUCCAGAGUGCGGGAAAUGUUUCAUUAGGAAAGGAAAACUUCUUGAACACCAGAGAACUCACACGGGUGAGCGCCCUUUCUCGUGUCCAGACUGCGGGAAAACUUUCAUUAAAAAAGGACACCUUUCAGAACACCAGAGGAUUCACACGGGUGAACGACCUUUCUCGUGUCCAGAGUGCGGGAAAUGUUUCACUACAAAAGGAGGCCUUACCCUACACCAGAAAAUUCACACGGGUGAGAGGCGUUUCUCAUGUUCAGAGUGCGGGAAAUGUUUCUUUCGCAACACAGACCUUCUUAAACACCAGAGAAGCCAUACAGGCGAGCGCCCGUUCUCAUGUCCACACUGCGAAAAAAGUUUCUCUUACAAGGGAGACUUUAAUCGACAUCAAAGAAUUCACACCGGUGAAAGUUCCCUUUCAUGUUCAGAGUGUGGGAAAUGUUUCACUCUAAAAGGAAGCCUUCAUAAACACCAGAGAAUUCACAAUGGCGAGCGCCCAUUCUCAUGUUCAGAGUGCGAGAAAGGUUUCUAUAGUAAAGUAGAUCUUCAGAGACACCAAAAAACUCACACGG